ACGGCUGUAGGAAAAAAACCAAAAUAUAUAAAAUUAAAAAGAGGGAAAAUAAGAGCAAAGUGCAAAACUUACUGAACCAUUUUCCCGCUAAAACCAGAGAAUCGCAUUUCUAGAAUCUUCCACCACACUCCUCCGCCGCCAUAGCAAUGUCGAAGAAAAGAGGUUUGUCUUUGGAAGAGAAGCGAGAGAAGAUGCUUCAAAUUUUUUACGAAUCUCAAGAUUUCUACCUGCUUAAGGAGCUUGAGAAGAUGGGUCCCAAAAAGGGUGUUAUUUCUCAGUCUGUGAAAGAUGUUGUCCAAAGCUUGGUGGAUGAUGACCUUGUUUCUAAGGAUAAGAUAGGAACUUCUGUAUACUUCUGGAGUCUUCCUAGCUGUGCUGGGAAUCAGCUUAGGAAUGUGCAUCAAAAACUUGAUUCUGAUCUGCAAAGCAGUGGGAAGCGGCAUGCCCAACUUGUUGAACAAUGCGAGGCAUUAAAGAAAGGGCGUGAGGAAUCUGAUGAACGAGAGGCAGCCCUAGCAGAUUUAAAAGCCAUUGAGCUGAAGCAUAAGGAAUUAAAGAACGAGUUGGAAAAAUAUAGAGAUAAUGAUCCAGCUGCCUUUGAAGCAAUGAAGGAAGCAAUUGAAGUUGCUCAUACAUCAGCUAACAGAUGGACAGACAAUAUUUUCACUCUGAAGCAAUGGUGUUCAAACAAUUUCCCUCAGGCUAAGGAACAACUGGAAAACAUGUACAAGGAGAUUGGUAUUACAGAUGAUUUUGACUAUUUGGAGAUGGCACCUCUUCCAUCAAAAGCAGAAGCUGAAUGAAUAUUACUUGGCCUGUCUGAAAAUCCAAUCCCCUGAUUUCCAUGCUUCUCUCAAACACAGAUAACUAAAAUUUAAACUUGGUAUUGCCUAUGACAUCCACUUUUGUAGAGAAGUGACUUGUAUUUUUCUCUCUAGUUGUCUUAAUCAGGAUUAGGUUUUAAAAAUAUGUAUAUAUAAAGAUUAUCCUUUUCUGCCUC